AUGAAUCUCUUAGUUGCUCAAACUGCACCACAUUUUUGUAAAUUGUCAGAUAAAAUGCUUGAAGAUAUAAAGUUUUAUAUAUGUUCUACAGAGGGAAUUGGUGCUACAUUGCAAUAUAAUCUUUUGAAAGCAAAGUAUCCUAAUAAGUAUAUUGAAAAAAAGAUGUAUACAAUGCUAUUCAGCAGUUCUGGAGACCAUCUCGUAGUUAUACCUAAAAUUGAAGGCAAGGAAAAUAGGUUAACUGCUCUUUUUUGGAUGUCUUCAUUACAAGUUUUGGAGCAAUUAAAUGAUGCAACAAACAGUAUCAUUCCCAAGACAAUAUACUCAAACACUGAACCAGCUAUAGGUGCAGCUCUGCAAAACUUAUGGCCUAAUGCACAACAUUCUCAUUGUAUUUUCUAUUUAAAUAACAAUUUUAUUAAAAAAAUGAAAGGCAUCAUGAAUAAAGAUUUUAAUGAGUGCUACAAACAUUUUUGUAAUUUUCAUAAUAGCCUGUUUGAAGCUGAUUUUGAGCACCAUUGGGCAUGGCAUCAUAGUUGGGCAGUUUGGUAUACACAAGCAUGUUUUACUGCUAGUAUCCAAAGUACGCAACAUGUGAAAGGUAUCAAUGCAAUUAUCAAAAAAGAAGUCUCACAUAAUACAACAUUAUUAAAUUUAGUUGAUGCAAUACAAAAUCAGUUAAAUGAAGAAGCAUAUUAUGCAAGAAUUAAUGAACAAAAGAAUGCAAACCCUAUUAUGAGUUUGCCUCAUAUUGCAAGUCAGUAUUUUCCUACUAUUGAUUCCUUGAUUCAGACAUACUUAACUCCACAUAUCCUCUCUCUUCAAAGGCAGCAGCUUUCAGAAAGCUUUCUAUAUAAUAUUACUGAACUUUUCUUUGAUUGGGAUAAAAACUUCUCAGAACUGAAAAAUACUAUGGAAGUUGGGUUUCUUGAAGAUAAUUACGAACAGUAUCAAAUCAGUCUUAAGUCAUUAUUGCAAACUUUAAGAUAUAAAGACAUAUUACAAAUAUGGGUUCUUUAUACUAAUAAUGUGUUCACUUCUGCCUUAAAAAAAUCUAUUAGUGAGAAGAGCUAUUGGUCAAAAGGCUACAGAAUAUCCAAGAAUGCCUUGAACUUAAUGAUACAUCUUAAUUGUAAUGAUGAAUUUUUUCAAAUAAUGGAAGGGUUUAUUUUUUCAAAAGCAUGUAAGCUGCAACUCUUAGAAGAUGAGAAAAAUAAUUGUAACAAUAUGGUUAAAUCACAGCAAUCAGUUGCUGCAAAUCCAUAUGUGACUAAACACUGUGGUCGACCACCUAAAUGUUAUAAGAGUAUACUUGAAAAUAUUACCAGCACUUAUCAAAAUAUGCAAAAUACCCAAUCCAUAGCAGAUCAUAAUGAGCAACAUGAAAGAAAAAGAAACAAAUAUGCUAAUUGUAGGGAUUAUGGACAUAAUGUUAGAACCUCUACUAUUACUAUUAAAUGGGAUCAUCCAAUCUUUUGGUUUUGA